GCCACGAGAAACAGAUCGAGCCCGACACGUUCAGGGACUUCUACAACUGCUGGAAGGAGACGGAGGCGGAGGCGCAGGAGGUCAUCCUGCCCGCGGCCGUGGUGCGGCACCUGGACCGGAGCGAGUGCGUCUACAAGCUGUCGAGCGCCGUCAAGACCAACCGCGGCGUCGGCAAGAUCGCCAUGACCCAGAAGCGCCUGUUCCUCCUGCCGGAGGGCAGGCCCGGCUACGUGGAGAUCUCCACCUUCCGGGACAUAGAGGAGGUCCGAAGCACCACGGUGGCGUUUCUGCUUCUGCGAAUCCCCACUUUGAAGAUCAAGACGCUGUCCAAGAAGGAGGUGUUCGAAGCCAACCUCAAGUCUGAGUGCGGCCUCUGGCUCCUGCUGGUCAAAGAGAUGUGGGCGGGGAAGCAGCUGGCCGACGACCACAAGGACCCGCAGUACAUCCAGCAGGCGCUGACCAACGUGCUGCUGAUGGACGCCGUGGUGGGCACGCUGCAGUCACCCAGGGCCCUCGACGCCGCCUCCAAGCUGUCCUACUUCGACAAGAUGAAGAACGAGAUGCCCAUGGCGGUCCCGAAGACCACGUCGGAGACGCUGAAGCACAAGAUAAACCCGUCGGCCGGGGAGACCUUGCCGCGCGCCGUGGACGUGCUGCUGUACACGCCAGGGCACCUCGACCCCGCGGAGAAGGUGGAAGACGCUCACCCCAAGCUGUGGUGCGCCCUGAACGAAGGAAAGGUGAUCGUGUUCGACGCCUCCUCCUGGACCAUCCACCAGCACUGCUUCAAAGUGGGCUCCUCCACGCUGAACUGCAUGGUGAUGGCGGAGCAGAACCAGGUGUGGCUCGGCUCGGCGGACGCGGUCAUCUACAUCAUCAAUGUGCACAGCAUGUCUUGCAACAAGCAGCUCACGGACCACCGCGCCAGCGUCACAGCUCUGGCCGUGCAGGAGGGCACGGCGGCGCCCAGUGAGGUCUACUCCUGCAGCGUGGACGGGACGGUCCUGGCGUGGAACGUGAGCACGCUGCGGGUGACCAGCCGCUUCCAGCUGCCGUGCGGGGGCCUCACGGCCAUGCAGCUGCACGGCGGCCGCCUGUGGUGCUGCACAGGCAGCAGCAUCGUGGCUGUGACGACCACCGGCUUCGUGCAGCAGGAGCUGAGGAUCGAUGAGAUCUGCCAAGAGAUGAGCACCUCCUUCCUGGGCUUCCAGCUGCUCCCCGAGCAGCAGCAGCUGUGGGCGGCCUGUGCGGGGCGCAGCGAGGUUUACGUCUGCAGCCUGGAGGACCUGACCCAGCCCCCCGAGAGGAUCCCCCUGCAGGACUGCAGUGAGGUCCGCUGCAUGAUCAGGGUGAAGCGGCAGGUCUGGGUGGGGGGCAGCGGCCAGUCGCAAGGCAAAACCAAGGGGAAAAUCUACGUGGUCAGCGCCGAGCGGAGGGCGGUGGAGAAGGAGCUGGUGGCGCACGCCGACGCCGUGCGGACCCUGUGCUCGGCCGAGGACAGGUACGUGCUGAGCGGCUCCGGGCCUGAGGAGGGCAAGAUCGCCAUCUGGAAGGUGGAGUAGGCGCCAGGACGCCGAGGAGACCAGGGCCCGAGGCCCGCCAGGUGCACCUGCCGUGGGGACCGGCGCCGUUCCCCCCGGGGCUCUUCUCGGACCAGGAGCUGCACUGCCUGUGUGACGACCUCUGUGCCGUAUAGAAGGUUCCAGAACCAGGGAACCAGGGACCAGCGAAGGAGCCAGCGAUGUGGCCAAGCCACGCGCGACCCGGGGCCCCCGCGCCUCGGAUUUUGCCUCCACUCGAAACACUCGUCCUCGUCCUCCAUCGGACUUGGGGUCAGGGCCACGGUGAACCGGGGGUGCUGUGGCCUUGCACUGACUUCCUGCCCCCCGAGGCCACUUCCUGGUCCCACAGGGCUGCCGGGGGGAGGGGAUCACACUGGGGUCGGCUUUGUGAGGCCAGGGGCGGGGCCGGCCCAGGCACCUGCUGUUUCCUUUUUCACUUUUCAACGUGCGUGGACUGCCUUGGUGUGUGACUGCUGGAGACGCCGGCUGCAGGUGACUAAGCGUGCGCCCCCCAAAGCAGCCCCGUGUGCCUUGCUGCCGAGCGGCGACAGCUCCACGCUCAGUGUCUCACGAGCGGGGUUUGGGCUGUGACUGCGGACAUGCACGGGGUGCCCGUGGUCGGCCGUUGCCAGCGGCCUCUGCCCGGGGGACUCGGCUGUCGCCCUGCCACGGCCGGCUCCCACCGAAGGGCUCGGGGGCUGCAGGUCCCCGGCCAGGUCCGCCCCCAGCCAUCCAUCAUGGACCAGAACCUUGCUCACGGGAGGAGGUGGAGACCGGGAGGCCUGGCCAGCAGCCAAAGGCAGGAACCGUACCACUGUGAACGCGCGGGGGCGCUCAGGGAGCGUCUUCCGGACAGGUUCCGGAGUGCGUCCGUGACGGGCCACAGGCGAGCAGGUGCCUUCCACUGCGGGUGACGCGCUGACACCGACCGGCAGCCCAGGGCCACGUUGCACCUGCUCCGCGGGAAUCCCGCCAAUUCAGGGCCAGCGUGGUGACGGCUGAGAUGUCACUCGACAGAGACUGGGGCGGAGCCGUGGGCCGGCUGAGACAGCUCACACGCGCCAGUCUUGCCGGGGCCCUGUCGACGGGAAAGGGGAACCGGCACCUUCGUCUUCCGUCUGUGCUUCGGCGAGGCCGCGCUGAUUCGCGUGGGAGGUGCCGGGAGGAGCUGGAUUCGCUCACCAGACCCAGAUGCCUGCCCUGCCUCAGCGUCGCCAGAUUAAACUGGAGCAGACGUGUGGAUCGGGAGCCGGGAUCCGGCGCGUGCUAGUGCGGUUUCGAGUCUCCAGCUUUGUUUCAAGAAGACGGCUUGCCUUGGGGCGGGCCGUGCCGGUCGGGAGCUCCCGCAGGUGCCCCGCGUGCAGCGAGAAUCGCCUGGUACCCUGGGUGCAGCUCGGAUGGCGGCACUGGGGACUUGGUGUCCGCUGCCAGGUGCCCCUGGGGAGACGCCGGGGCUCUGCCCCCGAGUGGCCGGGAGGGCACUGCCUGGCUCUGCAGCUGCUGGCAGGCCCCACGGCUGUGCUCCGGCUGGCGCUGCAGCACGAGCCUGGGUGUGCCUGGGACUGCAGCAGCCUUGGAGCAGGGAGGCGCCCUGGCUCCUGAGCAAGGCAGGAGGAGAAGGACCAGGUGGCAGCCCUGGGGGUGCCAGGGCUGGGGUGGAGACGCCGAGGGCACCAGGACAGCACUGCUGCACAUGAGCCCGGGCUCCCACGGUGGUGGUGGCGCCAGCCCAUCGUGCACAGGAGGCCACAUGGUCCCUGGUCGCGGCACAGGCGGCGUGUGUCCGGCCAGCACGGCCAUCUUCCCUGGCAGGAGCUCGGGUGCGGCCAUGCUGUCAGCUGAACUGGGGCUUGGGGAGGGAGGCCGAGGCCCGCAGUCUCAGAGGUGACCCGGGCCGGGGCAGGCGUGCGCGCCCCGCUCACCGGCGAGGGACAGGAGUGAAUCACGAGGGCCGAGGGCCGGCCACCACUGCUGUGGCUCUGCGGGUUCCCCAGGUCGGCCGGGGGGAGGCUCCGAUGAGAGGGAGCUGAGCGUCACCAGUAUCCCACGUGGUGGCUGCAAAAUGCUGAAGUCAGACCACACCGGCAGAAGCAGGAACAAAAAGCGGGUUUAAAUACAAGUAGCAGGAUGGCCGACUUCUCUCCCCCUGCCUGCCGGUCAUUACCAAGUGUACAGCAGGUCCCUGUGAGCGUCUCUCGGUGAUGUCAGUGUCGUGUGUUCUGUACCUGUGUCUGUCAGUAAUGGUAACGUAUCAAGUGUUCUGUAGCUGUGAGCAUGGUAGACGUGAGUGUGUCCUGUACUCUGUGCCUAUGAGCGUCUGUAACACGCUUCUGCAUCACGUGCUGUCCCUGUGUGCGUCGGCAGUAAUGAGCUAGGUGUGUACAACUACUUCACUGUGGAAUGAACUUCACACGCACACGGCCCACACGGCAGUGGAAAGGCCCGACCGUCACACGGGCCUGAGAGCUUGCGGGAAAAUGUACUUUGAGAACCUGUUCAUGGAUUUCACACGUUUUUGCACCAAAAUAAACAGCUUUUAAUCCCACUUA